CGAAGCAGUUAAAGGAAGGAACCCCGUUUAUUUCUCAUUUCCACCUCUAUUUUUUCUAUUUUGGAAUAACAGCUGGACGAUCCAACCAGAGUGCGUUGAUUGUAAUGGUCAAACAAGGCGGGGCUGACCCUCCUGUCUCAUUUAGGACGCACCACAAGUAGGAUAACGCAGACACUCCAGAGUGCUGCUGCUGCUGCUGCUGCUACUGCUGUUGUUUUAUAACAUUAGAAAUUCAGGCAUGAAUUCCGCCGAACAGACGGUAACGUGGCUCAUAACGCUGGGAGUCCUGGAGUCUCCCAAGAAAAGCAUCUCGGACCCAGAGGCUUUCCUCCAGGCGUCCCUGCAGGAUGGCGCGGUGCUGUGCAGGCUGCUGGAGCGACUCAGACCCGGGACGGUGGACAAAUUUUUCCAGGAACCGAGGAGCGACAGCGAGUAUCAGAGGAACAUUGCUGAGUUUGUUAAAGGCUGCGGGGCUUUCGGUGUGGAGGCUUUUGAGGUCAAUGACCUCCUGCAGGGACUGAACUUCUCCAAGGUGCUAAACUCCUUGGUUGCCCUCAGCAAAGCUACUGAAGAUUUAGGUGUUUCUGGAGACAGUGUGUGUGUGCCGCACUCCGCAACACUGAGGAUCAAGUCAUUUGAUUCUCUGAACACUCAGAGUCGCUCCUCUAAACUGCUGCAGCCUCAGUACCGCAGCCUGGACAUGUCGGAGGGCAGUGGGUGUGGCCAUUUGCUGGUCAAGGCGCGCUUUGCCUUCGAGCAGACCAAUGAGGACGAACUCUCUUUUUCCAAGGGUGACAUCAUCAGUGUGAGCAGGCAGGAGGAGGGGGGCUGGUGGGAAGGCUCGUUCAACGGCAAGGCUGGGUGGUUCCCCAGCAACUAUGUACGGGAGCUGAAAGGAAGCGAUAAGACAUCAGACAAGCCAAAGUCUGGGACUUUAAAAAGUCCACCCAAAGGUUUUGACACCACUAUCAUCAGUAAGACCUACUACAAUGUGGUCCUACAGAACAUCCUGGAAGCAGAGAGCGAAUAUUCAAGGGAGCUACAGAGUCUCCUGGGCUCAUACCUGCGCUCACUUCACCCCACAGACAGACUCAGCGUUGUGGACAUCGGUCACAUUCAAGGAAAUCUGGAGGAGAUCUCAACCUUCCAACAGAUUUUGGUUCAGUCCUUAGAGGAGCACACUAAACUCCCAGAGAACCAGCAGAGGAUCGGGGGGUUCUUCCUGAGUCUCAUGCCCCAAAUAAAAAUCAUCUAUGUGGCCUACUGCUCCAACCACCCGUCUGCUGUCAAUGUACUCACACAACACAGUGAUGAGCUGGGGGAGUACAUGGAGUCAAAGGGGGCAUCCACUCCAGGGAUCCUGACUCUGACCACUAGUCUGAGUAAACCCUUCACCAGACUGGAGAGAUACCCAACACUGCUAAAAGAACUGGACAGACACAUGGAGGACCAACACCCUGACAGAGCUGAUCUCCACGCUUCCAUGACAGCCUUCAAAACCCUUGCAGCCCAGUGUCAGGAGGUGAGGAAGAAGAAGGACCUGGAGUUGCAGAUUUUAACAGAGCCAAUCAGAAACUGGGAGGGGGAUGACAUCAGAACCCUCGGCCCUGUACUGCACAUGUCCCAGGCCACAGUCCACACACAGAACUGUCAGGAGUCAAAUGAACGCUACCUCGUCCUUUUCCCUCAUACACUGCUCAUGCUGUCUGCCAGCUUGAGAAUGAGUGGAUUCAUCUAUCAGGGGAGGAUGCCAUUAUCAGGAAUGCUCAUCUCCAGAAUAGAGGACGGAGAAAACCUGAGGAAUGCUUUUGAAAUAUCCGGUGGCCAGUGUGAGCGGAUGCAGGUGGCGUGUAACAGUCAGCAUGAGCUACAGGACUGGCUAGACCUUCUCACCAAACACACGCACACUCCGCCCGCACACACACACUCACACAAGCAUCAGUCCGUCUGUCACACACUACCCUCUCACCCAGUCACUCCUGCCAGACACUCCGAGUCACGUGGAGUCAGCAGCGGACACACCUACCACACCCUUCCCCAUCCCUCCUCAUAUGGGAUGACACACAAUAGCAGCCCAAUGUGGGGGCCCCUGGAGCCACCGAGUACCCCCAAACCCUGGAGCCUGAGCUGCCUUCGCCCUGCGCCUCCACUCCGGCCCUCCGCGGCUCUCUGCUACAAGGAGGAUAUGAGUAAAAGUCCUAAGAACAUGAAGAAGCUGCUCCCUAAGAGGAAGCCAGAGAGGAAACCUUCAGAGGAAGACUUCACUGCCAGAAAGAGUACAGCAGCUCUGGAGGAGGACGCUCAGAUACUGAAAGUGAUUGAGGCCUACUGUACCAGCGCCAAGACACGACAGACUCUCAACUCCAGCUCCAGCAGGAAAGAUGUUCACAUGUUGUUCCCAGAAGAGGAGAAGAUUAUCGUGGAGGAAACCAGGAGCAAUGGACAGACUGUGGUGGAGGAGAGGAGUCUGGUGGACACUGUGUACAGUCUCAAGGACGAGGUCCAGGAGCUCAAACAGGACAAUAAGAGGAUGAAGAGGACGCUGGAGGAGGAGCAGCGAGCGAGGAAAGAGCUGGAGAGGAUCAUCAGGAGAGUUCUGAAGAACAUGAACGACCCAACCUGGGAUGAGACUAACCUCUGAGAUCGAUAUGUGUCUAAACAUCAUGGACACAAAGGUCCAAAUGACCUUUGAGAUGUUGUUUAAUGGACAGAAGCUGCCAACACUUCAUCAUGCUUCAACUUAACCUCACCAUUUCCACUUGCUUUGACUUUCACAGUUACCUGUGUACCAAACUCUGGACCAAGAGAAAAUGCCUGCUGGCCAUCAGCAAAGCCAUCCAUCAGACUGUAAAGCUGUGAAGCCAUAUUAGCUGGUAGGCAUGAUGACAUCACUUCCUGUCAUGCUCCUUUACUUUUUCUAACAGCCUGUGGAGCAUUGACAAAAGAAUCACUUUUUCUCAUUUACUUGUGUAUUUAUCUUUCAUUCCUUGUGCUUAUUUGCAUUAAGUAUAAAAUUCCGCUAUUGCCAGGACAGUAUGUUAUUGACUGGCCUGUUGUGGUUUAUAUAUUUCAGAGAGAUAUCAGAUCAGUAUGUGAAUAAAAUCCCUCAUUGAAACUUGAAAUAGACAGUUUUUUCCACACUCCGCAGCAAUUUUGUCUCAAUUUCAAAUGUUAAACAAACAUAUUAAUAUGAAAGACGCCUUAUAGAAUUACAAUUUAUGAUAGAUGAUAUUGAUAAACAGACUCUAAUCAACUAUAAAGUUGUUUUAUUUGUUAUAUCAAAUACAUUUUGAACUAAACCUAAAUUUUACCAGCACUUAUAAGUGACAGGAUGAGAUGAAAGUUCUGUGUAAUGUGAAUGAAUUGAUUGAACUGUAGAUGAUAGUAUGUGAGCUUAUCAAAUCAAAAUGAAGCUGGAGGGAAAUUUUCUCAGGAAUCAACCAUCAGGGAGUUUCAGCUUUCAGCUUCAGCUCAACAUUCAUUUCAAAUGUCACGUUCAAAGCAAUAUUUAAAGGUGGACCGCAUGUUUGAGCCAAACAAGCCCGAAGAAAUGAAAAGGUGGUUUGUGCUGAACAUGUAACUGAGACAGGCUUAUGAAUACGCCAAAACUUUCAGCAACCUUAUGAAUGACAAGACAAGCUCUCUAUUUCACUGUGUCAAUUUGAGGCAGAGAGAGAGAGAAAGUUUACUAGGCCAACCAACUGUUUAAUGUUGUACAUCCACCCAAAGCUGCAGUUAGAUUUACGCAAGUAACAAAUGCAGCAUCGCUGCCAGUUCAUAGUUAAUUUGGAAAAACUAUGCAGAAUCUUGUUUACAAGCAGUAUGUUUUGUAUUCCUCCCAAAUAUCCCUUUUCUUUAUCUCUUGGAUAAGAGUUUUGAAGUGUUUUGGAAUUUUUAUGUUGAGAAAUCAGCAGCCAAAUGUGCAAGUAUCACCUCUGAAAGUCCUUGCACUGUUCAACACUUCACAAAAUUUGAAAAAUCACCUAAUUAGACUAUUAGCUGUUGAUCAUGCAUCAAAGCUGGUGGCCUGGACAGUGCAGUGUUUAAUAUCUGGACCUUUUUCUUCCGUGUCAAAGCCUCUUUUGAAAUGGAAUGUCUGAACCAGGAAAUUUAAAUGAUAAAAUUUGAGUUAAGAAACAACAUGGGAGCUGAUGGCAAGACCACCAAUACCACUACUGCCUUUUAAGUUACAAAUUCAGGAUUUUGAAUUUCCUGUACCUUUUAAGAUGAAGUAAAUCUGUGUAAAUAUACUGUCACCACUUUUUGCUCCAGAUGUCAUUAUUAUGAUGAAAAAACAAGACCUGUUCAAAGUAUAAGCUGCGAUACAGUCAAAUACAUUAGAAACUCUUCAUAUAAUACAACUGCCCAGAAUGUAUGGAAAUGUUAAAUGAUGCUCACUUUAUAAAUCAGCAUUAACAUAAAGUAAACAAUCAGUGAAAAAAUUAAAUGUCAUCAGGUACAAUAUCAACACUAAACGACAUUUUGAGCUAUACAUUUUUAUUAUAAUAUGCAUUGUUAUCAUACUUUUAGUAGCUGCAAGAUGUUCAGAGUCAGAGGCAAACAGAUUAGGUGAACACUUGAGUCAGAACAUUUCAACUGCAGUCAUUUGAUAUUGAGGUGUUGAAUACCAUAGGAAGAGACCACUAUGUCAGAGAAAUGAUGGACAGACACCAUCACAGUCUUUAGCUCACUGCUUUCCGUUUGAAGACCAAAGUCCAAGCAAUGUAACACUGGAAAAUGUUAAUGUUUUUGUAUGAUUUUUACAAUGUCAAUAUGCAACUUACUUUAAAAUGAUUUCUUAUUUUUAUAUUUGUGAUUGUGCUUUUACUCUUAACAGCUGGUUUUGAUUUGUAAGACUUUUUAUUUCCUACUUGACCUGGCUGAUAACACUGAAGAUGAUUUGUGCAGGAAAGCGGCAUGAUUCUCAUGAGUGUCAGUAGACGUGCCAUGGGGAGGAAUACAGUUAUUUUGCUAAAGCUUUUUUCUUAAAGACUCCACCUACAAAUUAACUUUAAAUUAACUUUACUGAAAUUAGAACUACACUAAUGUAAGCUAUGUAAUACAGUAUGUCAAUUAUUCACUCUAAAGUAUAUAUUUAACUGAAGUGACUGAUGUAAAUUUAUUGUGUGUUCAAAUGACAGUGAUGAAGAUGAUAACAGUUGUUAAUAUGACAAGAAUCAUCCCCCUCUAUUUAUUUCACCCAUUUGUUUGUCUGAAUAAAAUGUUGAAUCAAA